AUGGGCUCCGUGCCUCCAGUUUUCCCCCUUUACGUAUCGCAAUUGGUUGUGGCGGUACAUUGCGAGGGUGCGGGCGUUUCUUUUGUGGUUGUUCCUGUGUAUGCACCGCCCCAUCGUCCCCUUGGGCCCAUACUAGACGAACUGAACCAAGUGUUCACGCAAUAUCCAUCCUCAAGUUUUGUCUUGGGCGGGGAUUUCAACGCGAAGCACGCGCUAUGGGAUCCCGUCUCAGGGGAUGAGCGCGGAGCGCAGCUUGUUCAAUUUGCUUGCGGGAACAACCUGCAUAUACUCAAUCUCCCCGACUCCCUCCCAACAUUUGGGACGCCCUAUGCCCGCCCGUGGAUCGACGUGACCCUGGCGUCUGUCUCGUUAGUAGGCGGUGGGUACCGUUGGUCCGUCUCGGACGAGGACACCUUAUCGCACCACCGAUACAUUGAGUUUAUGCUGAGGGAUGCCGCGAGCGCGCCCGAGAAGCGGCUCACCAAUUACGCUCGGGCGCAGAUCGCGGCUGAGAUUCUCAGCCGCGAUCCCUGCUCCCAUCAAAUAUGUCGCUGCCGCUUCUCGUCGGCUUGGAUGCUCGACGCCGCGGUUGAGCGCUUCUGUAGCACAUAUAACACCGUACGCAAGCGGUACGCCCGCAAGCCGCGGCCCCGUAGUGAGGGCGCCAAGACGUGGUGGACGCCUCAGUUGACUGCGGAACGGUCGCGAGUGCGCGCGAUGCGCAGACGCUAUCAGCGCGUACGUGACCCCGCCUUGCGCGAGGUGCUUCGUUCACAGUACGCACAAGCAUUCGCGGCAUAUAAGCGCAGCCUCCGUCGCGCGAAAGAUACCGCCGACCACGCGCUGUGCUCGGACAUCACGUCGCGCAACCUCUUCGGCCGGCCUUUCCAGUCGGCGUUUGCCAGGCAGCGCCCUAUUACCUGCCUUCCGCCGCUCGAGACCUCGGACGGCGCCCUAACCACCUCAAUCCAGGCGUCAGCUGCGCUUCUAUUGCGCACGCACGUCGCGGUUGACGAUCCCGCGGCGGACAACGACUUUCAUAGCCGCGUUCGCGCGAUCGCGGGCUCUCCUCCGGAGGUACCCAACGAUCAUCUUUUCACGCUCCCGGAGAUCGAGCACUCCCUCCUUCUGGCAACCUGCGUGCGGCGCCAGGGCUCGACGGGCUGA